GCUUGCUCUCUAUAUAUAACACCAACACUCACACUCUCAUCCUCAUAUUAUAAUACAUACUUCAACAUCCUAGGAUUCUCAAGGAGAAAUGGAAAACAUAGAAGAACCAAUGGAUUCCAAUGUUCCAGUCAUACUACAGAGCGAAAAGUUAGCAGAGUAUAUAGUGGAAACUGCUGUUUACCCUCGCGAAAAUGAAUAAAAAUUAUAUAUAUAUGUUUCGAAAUUUAUUAUUAGGGGUUUCAUGGGUACUAGUCCUGAAUCAGGCCAACUAAUGUCAAUAUUGUUGAAGCUAUUGAAUGCCAAAAAGACGAUUGAAAUUGGAGUGUUUACUGGCUACUCUCUUCUUCUUACCGCUCUUAACAUUCCUCUUGAUGGAAAGAUUACAGCCAUAGAUAUUGACAGAAAAGCUUAUGAGGUUGGAUUACCAUUCAUCAAAAAGGCUGGAGUAGAGCACAAGAUUGAUUUUAUAGAGUCUCCAGCUCUGCCAAUUUUGGACAAACUAUUGCAAGAUCCUUCAAACUUGGGAACUUAUGACUUCGCCUUCAUUGAUGCUGACAAAUGGAGCUAUGUGAAGUACCAUGAGAGGCUCAUAAAUCUGGUGAAGGUUGGUGGGUUGCUUGUCUACGAUGACACACUCUUAGGUGGAUUUGUUGUGUGGCCUGAACAGGAUGUUGAAGCUUCUCACAGACCAUAUCGAAAAGCUUUAAUCGAAGUCAACGACGCACUCGCCACAGACCCACGCGUUGAGAUCGCUCUUGCUUCUGUUGGAGAUGGACUCACUAUUUGCAGGCGCAUUGCAUGAUACUACCUAAAUCAUCCUUUCACUUUAAAUAUCAAACCUUAAUAAACUAUAUACGGAUAAAAACGACGAGUUAUUUGAUUAUUAGUACAUGGUUACUCACAUGAAAUUGUCUUGUGUAAAGACGAUAAAUAAAAACUGUUAGAUGACAUUUCAGUCAAACAUGUUAAAUCA